CAGAGUCUCUCUCUCUCUCCUCAAGUAAGCUUGGAUGGAUUCCUGAUAGUGCAAGCAAAGCAAGCACCAGAAGCUAGUAGUGUUUUUUUUUUCUUGUUUUUUUUUCUUGCCUCUUCUUCUCCUCUUCAUAUUUUUCUCUUUGUCAUUAGAUACACCACAAGACAACAAGCUUCUUCUUCACCUCUCCCCUCCCCCACAGCUCAGAGCUCUUCUCCUUCUCCUACUACUUCCAUUCCAUACCCUCUCAAAAUCUCUUGUUUUCUUGUAAUUCCAUCCACUUUGCAGGCUUGGUGUUUGUGCCCCUUGCAUGCAUGCUUCUUCUCAUUGCAAUGGUGGAAGAAGAAAACAUUCUGAGCUAGAGCUAGCUCACCCUCACCAUGGCCUUGCUCCCUCUUUGCCCUCCUGAUUAGCUUAGCUCUUCAGACACACACACACACACAGACACACUGCAAGAGGAGCUCGGCUAGCUUCUGGUUGGUGAAGAGGAGGGAGAGGAGGAAGAAGAGGUGAUAAAGAAUGGAUCUUUCGGGGACGCAGGGUGAGCUGCCGUUGCCAAUGCACGCCGCCGCGUCGCCGUACCUGGGCCUGCACCAUGACCACCACCACCACGGCGGCGGCGGGAUGAAUGGCCGGCACAUGUCGCCGCCUACGCCACAGGCGUCGGGGGAGGAUUCGAAGGCGGUGGUGCCGUCGGGGGGAGGCGGCGGCGGCGGCGCGAGGUACCGGGAAUGCCUCAAGAACCACGCGGCGGCCAUCGGCGGCAGCGCGACGGACGGGUGCGGCGAGUUCAUGCCCGCCGGCGAGGAAGGCUCGCUCGACGCUCUCCGGUGCUCCGCCUGCGGCUGCCACCGCAACUUCCACCGCAAGGAGCUCGACUACCCAUCCGCCGCCGCUGGCUCGGCGCCGCACCACCACCACCACCACCUGAUGCUCGGCGGCGGCGGGGCGCUGAGCCCUCUCGCCGCGCACCACCGCGGCGGCCACCACCACCACCACCUCCUGGUGGCCGCGCUGCCGCCGCCGACGCGGAUGGUGAUGCCGCUGAGCGCCAUGCAAACGUCGGAGUCCGACGACGCCGCGGGCGCGCGCCCCGGCGCGCCCGGCUCCGCCGCGGCGGCGAGGAAGCGGUUCCGCACCAAGUUCACGGCGGAGCAGAAGGCGCGGAUGCUGGGGUUCGCCGAGGAGGUCGGGUGGCGGCUGCAGAAGCUGGAGGACGCCGUCGUGCAGCGCUUCUGCCAGGAGGUCGGCGUCAAGCGCCGCGUCCUCAAGGUCUGGAUGCACAACAACAAGCACACCCUCGCCCGCCGCCACCUCCACCCCGCCGCCGCCGACGACGGCAGCGCGCCGCCGCACCCCGAGCCCGGCGGCGCAGCCCCGAGCCCGAGCUCGCCGCAGCAACUCCGGCUCGAGUAACCAACCAACUUGAUGAUGAAUCCAUUGACAACAACAGCAAAAGCUCAUUUCUUUCUUGCUGAUCAUUCUAGAAGAUUCCUAGCUUAAUUAGCUGCAUUGCAUUGCAUCCCACUGCCACUACUGUUCCAUUCCAUUCCAUCCAUCCAUCCAUCCAGGAAAAAAAAUGGUGUUAAUUCCCUGUAUGUUUAAUUAAUUAAUUAAUCCCUGUUUAAUCUUCUCUGAAUUCAUCUCCAUGUUCUCUGCUAAGUGGCUGUUUGGAUCCAGGAACUUUUUUUUAGUUCAU